AUGGAGGGUUUUCCUAACUUUCUUAUGAAAUUUGCUUCCUUUUUUACUGACCAUCGAAGAUCCAAAACACACAAUGCUCAACUGGAUAGCGGGAUCAUCGACUUUAGCCAAGAGAUUAGGCGUGGAGGAAGAGGGAAACAAAGUUACAAAUCUUUUACCACAGAGCGUGAGAAAGGAUCUCACUUGAUUGAGAGGUUCCAUGCCUUGAAAAUGCUCAUUCCUAGCCCGAGUAAGGGAGAUAGAGUAUCCAUUCUUCAAAAUGGAAUCGAUUACAUCAUCGAGUUGCGGAGACUAGUAAGCGAGCUUAAGUAUUUGGUUGAGAGGAAAAGAUGUAGUGGGAGACACAUAAACAAUAAUGCAUUAGACAACAACAACAACAACAACUCGAAUGAUCAUCUUAAUGACGAUGAUGGUAAUGAAAACAUGGAGAAGAAGCCAGAGAGUGAUGUAAUAGACCAGUGUUCAAGCCACAACUCGCUGAGAUGUUCAUGGCUACAGAGGAAAUCAGAAGUAACAGAAGUUGACGUUAUGAUUCUUGAUGAUGAAGCAACAAUCAAAGUUGUUCAGAAAAAGAAGAUCAAUUGUUUGUUGGUUGUCUCCAAAGUGCUUGAUCAGCUUCAUCUCGAUCUUCUUUAUGUCGCUGGAGGACAGAUUGGUGAGCAUUACAGUUUCUUGCUCAAAACCAAGAUACAUGAAGGAUCAACAAUUUCCGCAAGUGCUAUUGCAAACAGAGUGAUUGAAGCUGUGGAUAAACACUAUAUGGUUGCUCUUCCUAAUAAAUAUUAG